AAAUUUUAAAAAAACUGGUGCCCAUACUUCACUGGUAGCAAACGAGAGAGAUGGAAAACGAUAGUAAUACAGAAACGGAGACUCAGGCAGUCAGAUUACAGCAGAUGAAGAGAGAUUUGGAGAGCUGGAGAGAAGUUUUGUUGCCACUUAAUGGUCUCCUUCACUGGGAAAAACCAUUUUACCCAGCCAUCAUAGUGGGCAUCAACACCUUUAUAUUUGCAUUGAUAUGGUAUUUCGAGCCUUCUGUCCUCACGACCUUUGCUCUUCUAGGAUUGGCUAUCAGCCUUAUUGAUUUCCUUGUCCCCAUAAUUGGACCAAAUGUUGUGACUGCUAAAUGGACUGGAAAACAAGAGGCACAGUAUACUGACAUCUGUUGUAGAAUCCUGAAUGCCAAGACUCAUUUCCAUAAUGCCAGGAGCACAAUGAGCUCCCUGAAAUCUGAAAAGCCAAAGAUUUACUUUCUGAUUGUCAUGGGGACCCUGGUAGCUUUGGCCUGGCUUGGCAGUCGAAUGGACAACCUGUGUAUGACUUAUUUCCUGGUGAACUUGGUUUUGCUGAUCCCAGGAAUAAGACAGCAUGCUGUUCUCCAGAAAUACCUGGCAAGACUGCUGAAUGUCAUUAAGUCCUUUGUUGGAAAGGGGUCCAAGAAAAUGAAGUCAAGCUAGAUACCAACUUCCAAAAGACAGCAAUAAUAGCAUAAACUUUUUCCUCUUAAUAUAACCUGUCAGUGUUCUUUUAUCUAAAAUUGUGCCAUUAGAAUUGCAGGCUGUGUUCUUUGCUUCUUAAGGUUCAUAGUUCCUUUGUACUGUUAUUUAAAAUUUCACUUUGAUACUAUUGAUUUUUCAAAAUAAAUCUAUAAUUAAAAUAAAAUGUACUCAAUUUCAGCAUACAUUGCAGCAUAAAAUUUGCCAGGCAUUGCCUUUUCACUAGACAAUUUUUUAAAAGAAUAAAAGUCAUUUAUUCCAGUGAGAGUUAUCUCUCUUAUCAGAGGGUCAGUGAACCUUAAGGCUUCAGUAAAGUACCAUGUAUAUCAUUUUUCAAUACAAAAGAUAUCUUCUUUUUUUCAAAUUGAAUUUUUAGUGUCCUUAUGUAGAAUUCUUGCAUUUGCUGUAUUUUUGUAUAUUUAUGAAAGUUCUAUUCACAGUGCCCAAAUGAUGUUAUUGCAUCAGCUGAUUACUAUCUCAUGUGAAAUCCAGUCAUUGUGUGGUCUGUCAAUACUCAAAAUGAAUAAUCAAAGUGUACACCAUUUUUUCCCCCACAAAACACAUUUGUUACAAGGUUAAUUUAAAAGGCACAAAAUAAUUUAUUAACUAAAAAUACCUUACAGAGAGUUUGAAAUUUGAAUAAAUGUACAACAAUUUUUUAUCAAAUAACAAAUUACAUCUAGCCAACAAAUAAUGAACUACAUGUAUAUAUAGAAACCCUGAAUCAUGAAGUACAAUCAACUUAUUAUUCUUUAGUGUUAUUUAUUAUUUUAUGUUGUUAAUGGCGGUAUUAGAUGCCCUAUCUGUUAUUUUUGUUACUUUUUUAGUCUCGUAAGUCAUAAUAGUUUUGUACUCACCAUUGGGACCUAUAUCAUUAUGUUUUGUUUGUUCAGUCUUGUGAAGGUUACCUUAAUUAGUUGUUUUAAUCAGAAAAAUAUACCAUUUGCUUGAUUUGUACUGGAAUAUGUUACACCAGUCAGACUAUUCUGAUGUUUGUAUGCUAUUUUCUUUGUUCCAGUUGAAACUUUUUUGUUUGCAUGGAGUGAUUUGCAAUUGGAUCUUUUUUUUGUAUGUUUUAAGUGACUGUUAACUUUUUUGAUUAAGACAGCUGGAAAAAGUAUUUUUUACAUGUUUAAGGGAAUAUGCCAGAGGUUUGAAAAACUGAACUGUUUUAUGUGAAACAAGAAAUUAAUAACUUGAUGUCAAAAAAUCAUGUUUGGGUCUUUCCAACUCUUAUGAUUUCAAUAUUGUCUGUCCUUUUUUCAAGGAAUCAGUAUAAAAGAUGCUUGUAAAGUACAUGUAUUGAAAACACACCAAAUUGAUGGUAAUCGAGAGAGAUUUAAAUGCAUUUCUGCAAGGAAAGUAAAGUGCUACUGUAUCGAUUUGUCCAAUAUGCAAUUUUUUUUACCUUUUAUUAUGCAUUAUGCUUUGCAAAAUGUAUUUGUAAUAUGUGUAAAUAUAUAUAUACAGUAUAUGAUUCUUCAGGGAUUCAGUAGGUAAAAUCAAUAUAUUAGUAGAUGUUGUUAUUGACGGUUUAUCAGUGUAAUAAUCAGUUGCAAAUAUAUAACCUCUCUUGUGCCUUUGUAUGUAAAUGUUUUUUUUGUUACAAAGAGCCAUGAUCACCAGUUAAGAAAGUUCUCACAGAGAACCAGCUUAAUGUUAUCUUUAUAAAAAUUUAUGGAAGAAUAGGGUGAUUAGUAUUUCACAUACAAACUUGAUGAAUGAUGGAAAAUCUCAACAAACCCUGUCCAGAAAUGUGUGCAAAACAAACCUGUUUACAGUAUUACUUAUUUGUGCUUUAAUUUUGGAUAAAUUAACUCAGUUUGAAAAUGAUAUUUUAAAAGAAAAAAUCUUGCCAUUAAAGUGGAGAUGCAUACAUAUACUGCAGAUGUGUCUAUUUGUUGCUGUAACUGUUUACUAAUUCUUACACACCAGAAUUAUAUUGGUGAAAGUAAAUGAAAAUGAUUAUAUAUUUGAUAUACAGCAUCAUAUAUGAUGCUGUAUAUCAAAUCAUUUUUACAGACAUUUUUUGUUUCAGAAAAUUUACCUUGAUCUCAAAAUUUGCAAAAAUUAUUGUCACACUGACAGUAUAAUAGCAUUCUUCUUCACAGCUGCACAACUAGUCAAAUGAUAAAAACCUGAUGAACAAAAAUCAAUUUUUUGACACACAGACAUCUGACCUCAUGUAUAUGGCCUUUGCACGAGCUGUAUAUUUGUAAAGAUGUGCAUUUUUAUGAAUGUGUUCAGUGUUGUAUAAAUAAUUCUGGUCUUCUCACAUGAGUAGCUGCUUUUAUAUGAGCUUUUGUACAUGCUAUCUGUUCCAUUAAUCAUGUAAAGUUUGCCAAAUUUAUAGUGUCUUUCUUGUCAAUAAAUUGUCCUCCAGUAA